GAACGAGGAGGGAGAGAGGCCAGAGCGGCGGCGCGCACUCUCGGUAGUCCGCGCUCCACUGCACUCGCGCCGCCUCGCCUGGCGUUGUCGUCGUCGUAUCCGUGCGUACUGCGUGCGUGUGUGUGUGCGUGCGUCGCUGUUGGCAGGCUGGCUGGCGCGGACGGGCGGCCGCUCGCAACAGUUGUCGGCGCGCGCCGGUCGAAGAACUUCCGUCGGUGCUGUGCGUUCCCGAUCGCAGCAGGGCUGCGGCGGCGAUGGCUGCUGCUCGUGUUGCUUCCACCGGCACCGCCGCUGCCCGCAGCAGCAGCAGCGUCGGAGGCUCUCGGGCGCGAUCGCGCCCGGCGGCGCGCUGAUAUGGUUUCUCCGAAGGUUUCCGAGCGAGACUGCGGACGACGAGCGAGGCUUUGGACGCAAGCGUCACUGAGAACAGCCGAGCAGACUCAGCGAUGAGCGAAUUCGCCGAGAAGGACAAGUGGGUCUGUCCCAACGACCGGGAGCUGGCGCUGCGGGCAAAGCUGCAAACGGGCUGGUCGGUGAAGACGGGCGCCCUGAGCAGCUUCUCGCGCCAGGAGCAACUCAACGACAGCGAGCAGGAGCUCAUCGUGGACGUCAUCAAGAGGGCCGACAUGCUCGAACAGCUCGAGAAGCGACGGGUCGGGCGUCUGGUUGACCGGCUGGAGAACAUGAAGCGCAACGCGCUGGGCAACGGCACGAGCCAGUGCGUACUGUGCGCCAACGAGUUCGGGCUGCUCAGUGGUUCUCCGCUCAUGUGCUACGACUGCAGGAAGGCUGUCUGCAGCAAGUGCAGCGUGGACACUUACGGUGCCCAGAAGGAACAAAUAUGGCUAUGCAAAAUUUGCUCAGAGACCCGAGAGAUGUGGAAAAAGUCCGGCGCCUGGUUCUACCGGGGCCUGCCCAACUACAUCGCGCCGGAGAAGACCGAGACGAGCUGUCGGUACGGGCCCGUGAGGAGCAGCCACAACGGCACCGAGGCCACCUCGGCAGCGCUCGCCGGUCGAGGCUGGCACAGGGGUACGCAGAAUGAGAAAGACCUGAGUGACAGCUCCGAAGACGAGUCGAAAGCAGUACGCGUCAACAGGAGGGUCAUCUCCAGGAAGGCUCUCUACGACUCCACGGACAGCGACUCGUCGGCCAGUCCAAGGAUGGGCAGCGGGUUCCCGCUGUCGCCGGACCAGAGCUCGGAGCGGCUCAAGCCCGAGGGCCCUGCGGACUCUGCUGGCACGGAACACGCGUCCGACCUGUCGCCGAGUCGCAACUCGCCGACACCCAGCGUGCGCUCUUACCACUCGGACAUGGCACCAUGGAGGCAGCGGCAACUGCAGAGGGAGAAAGAGGCCGCUGCGGCCGCCGCGGCCGAAGACGAGGACAGCGAAGACGCGGCCAGUGCGCACCGCUUCUCGCCUUAUCUCGUCGAGGACCGCUCGGCCGACAGCCUGGGCAGCAUCGGUGGCACGGGCCGCUACGUGAGCGCCCACCCGCCGCGAUCGUCGCGCCGCGAGCUGCUCGACGUGGAAGGCGACGACGCGAGCAGCAACGGCAGCCGCGCCGACUCAAUAUCGGCGGGGACCCUGGAGUUCUCGCUGCUCUUGCUCAAUGGUGGCAAGGCGCUCAAGUGCAUCAUCCAUCGCGCAAAGGAACUGUACGGCACAGACUACAGCGGCUUCUCGGAUCCCUUCGUCAGGGUACAACUCCUGCCCAGCUUCAAAAAGGGUGAUACAAAGCAGACGAAGACUCUGCACAAGACCGUGAAUCCCGAGUUCAACGAGACGCUUGUGUUCCACGCAGACAGCACCAUCGACGAACGAAAGCUCAAGCUGACCGUGCUGGACGACUACCGGUUCGGGAGCUGCGCCUUAGGCUCGACCACCGUGCCACUCUCGCUGCUCACGCCCAACCAGAUGUGCUGGCUCAACGCAGCCCUGGACAGGAGCCGACAGGCUCGUGACGAGGCGUCGUGCUCGCUGAGCCCCGAUCGGCCCCGGGUGCUGGUGUCGCUGAUGCACGCCAGCGGGCGCAACCAGCUCAUCGUGGGACUCGUGCGAUGCGUGCGGCUCAUGCGCAGGGACCGGACGCCAACGGCGCCCUUCGUGCGACUAAACCUCAAGCCGGAUGCUGGCCAUCCCGGCUGGAAGACGACCGCGAAGAAGAAGACUGCGGAUCCCGAGUAUAACGAGGAGCUUGCCUUAGGCCUGCAGUCGAAUGGUGACCUCGCCAAGCACUUUCUGCAAAUCACGGCCUGGGACAAAGACAGCGGGAAACCCGACGAAUAUCUGGGCGGCAUCGAGCUGGGUCUGCACUGCAAGCGGGACCAGCUGCAGCACUGGGUGGACGUGGCGCGCUUUCCCGACCAGCGUUUCGAGCGCUGGCACCCGCUGGUCGACGUGCCACUGGUGCCUUGACGAGCGCAGCAACCUCGCUCCUGCCUCUACGCCCUGCGAAAGCUGGCCUGUCCCUUCGUUCCAGGCCAGGCUUCAACGCAGCGAUGAGAGCUUCUGACAUCGACCAAAACUUCUUGCAGCGAUGAUGUCCCCGUGGGGGUACCACGGCUUUAACUUUCUCGUCUUGAGAUCUUGUGAGAAGGUAUCCCUCUCAACACGACAAGGAAAGUAGCAGCCGGGUCGCACUGUAUUGCCGUUGACCUUGUAGGUCUCAAUCGCGACAAAAGAACGUGCAAUUCGCUCUGUCCGAACAACACAACACAGGAGUUUUAAUUGUAAGCUGUAACUGCGAGUCGUUUGCAUCGAAAUUUAUUUGUUUCUUAUCAGAACGUCUGAAAGCGCCUUGCAGUUACGAGAAAAAUGUUAAACAUGCAUUACGUCACUGUCCGUCGUCACGGAGUACGCUUAGCCCGUCUCAAUGCUACUUCACUUCAAGCUUGCUAGAUGACAGGGAGGAUGACAGGAAGAAAAAUUGGAUCCCCGGCCCCCUUUGACGUUUACGCGUAAAGGUUAUGGAACUCUUCUCUUAUUGUUGUUGUUAAACUGAUUUUAAAACGAAGUCUUAAUCGUACUAGAUUAGCAACAGUACGGAGAGGUUGAAAUUAACCGAAAAAUGCGAAUACCGAUGCGAAUGCCUGCACAAUACGCCGAAAUAAUCGUCGUUUGGCUUCCUGGAUGUUACCGGACUUUGUGACUGUCUGUACUACGUAAAGAACGCUCAUGUGCCUGCACAGUGCAUGUGUUUAACUCUGGCCUUUAUUACCUUUCUGCCCCCGUUCCCCAAUAGACAUUGUGGAGUAGUCAAAGGAUUAACCUCUCUUGCUCUACUUCUUCCCUCUCCAUUUCCUUCUUUUUUCUCACCAUUGUUGAACGGAUGGUAUCACUACAGCCCUUAAAACAUUUCAAAGGCAAGCAUUUUACGUAUCAAUGCAACCUGGACUCAGAUAGAGCGCGAGAAAACAGCAGCAAGUUACACCCUGAUAUCCAUCGGAGGGAGGGGUUGAUCACUGCAAGCGUUGACAUGGUAUAUAGAAGAAAUGAGGCAAAAGGCCACUUCGUGACUCCAUGUGUCGAGACUGUCGGGCUGGUUGCAAGCAAGACCAGUAGCGCGGCUGAUGUCAGGGUGUGUGAGUUGUUGUGAACAACAGAGUUCCCCAAGCUUACGUUAUUGCGAGAAAUGCUGGCGCUGUUAUCUAUGCGGGUACAUCCAGCAUCGCUUAAAUAAGAAUGAGAAUAACUCGAAGCAGCAGUAUCCGCUCGCUUCGAAUCACGGGUGCGUGUGGUAGGCGGCUACGGCUAUUUCGCCUAUUUUCAAGGCAGAAAACAGCUCUGAAACCAUACCGGCUUGAGGCAACUCUUCAAACCGUGGGCAUGCUUUGAGUACCCAGUUGUCAGUAAAAUUAAACUUCACUCGCAUGUUUCGUCGCAUAUCACCUGCUGAAAACGAAUUCGACAAUGUUGUAGAAUUUCACAGUGCCCCAGAAGAGCAGUGCGUGCCACAUCACUUAACUAUAAACGCAUAUCCGAAACUGGCACAAUCUGAUUAGCCGUGUGUGUGUGUACUGUGCUACCUCAUAUCCAGUUGUUGCUCCAGCAAGUUAAGUUUGUGUGAGUGUGGCGUUCGAGAUUGACGCCCGUGCCAUGUCAAAGGCGACAUUGUGAAACCCUAUGGUCACGCGCUUUCCAGGAGCUACGGGCAUCGAGGCCUUUUCUUCCUAUGGCAGGAAAAAGAAAAAAAAAAGAAGAAAGAAGAACCUUGUCAUGGCAGUUCAGCUAAGCUGGCCUAAGCAAAAGUGAUGUAGAUAACGAUGACGUCGCCGUCUGGCUCACGUUAUACGUGGGCAUCCUGCCUGACUGCCAUGUCGCUCAUGUGAUUUUGAACUGCCUGCUUCCAAGACCCUUCCGUAAUUUAGUUUCGUUUUCUUUGUCCUUGAGAUGAGCUGAAAGAUCUACUCUUACUGCUACAUUGUUUUAUACCACCGCGUUGCGCCUAGGGCAAAUAUUUGGAAGAGCUUACUGCUAAUGUUUGCGCUGAUCUAUCAGUUUAGUUUUCAUGCACUGAAUCCGCAAUCGCCCCUCAAAAUUUUCAGUGCGGCUCGGCGUCGUGUAGUAAGUGCGUUGCGUAUGCCAACAGUGGCUUUAGAACGUCCUGCGUACGCACGCGGCACGAUGGAAACAUAUUUCAUGCAUUAACCAUCAAUCCUAACUUGGCGCCGAGGCCAAAAAUUAAAGAUUGAAUGGCAGCAGGCGUGACGUAAGCGGGAAUGGGUCAGCCCACCUGUUUUUUCCCCUUUUGUAUUGUCAUUGUGCUUGUAAAGCUGUAGACACGAGAUAAGUAGAGAAUCGUCGGAAAUUACUCUUCAGGCGAGUACACCCUGUCCUCUGCUUCCCCUCCCCCUCUUCAAAAAAAGGAAAGAGGGAAACAUGUGCCACGUAGCCUCCAUAUUCGAUAAUCGUGCAUGAUAUUUUGGAGGACUAUUGUAUACGGACGUUAUGCGGCACGUUCGGUUUUUCUUUCCCUGUUUCCCGUUCUUUUUAAUCGCGCUACGACUUUGUUACUCGGGCACAAACAGGUGAUUAUGAGUUGUGCUAUGACGACGAAGCACAAUGUUGUACAUACCGCAUCUGCUUUCCAUCAUAUUCAUUGUCUCAUUUUUCGUGUCAUCUGCAUAUCUCCCCUCCCCGCGUUCUGAAGAAAGAAAAGCAAAGCUAACUGUGUGUGCUCAACGAUGCAGGUGGCGUGAAAAGCAAGCACAGCUGCCAUUUUGCACUGCAUUAACGUAUAGGAAUAUAAGACCGUCGUCUGUGCUGCUGCCAUAAUUCUGACGUCAUCCAAUUGUGUCACGUCCUCCAGUUGAGAAAAAGAAAAACGCAGGGGAAAUGC